AUGACAUUGCGAGGCAAAGCUGGCAUAUAUGCCGGCGCGGCACUCUUGCGGUGGUUGUUUUUCGUGGCUUUUCCGAGUCUGCCAGACUUGUUGACGUCGCGCGUCGAGAUCUCGACCCCGGUCACAAGCUUCAAGAGGUUGCAGGAAGGUCUGUUCCUUUACAAUCACAAUGUGUCGCCCUACGACGGUGGCGUCUUCCACCAGGCGCCGCUGCUCCUACCGCUCUUCUCCCUUCUCCCUGACGUGAGGGCACUGCCGAUGUUCACCGCGCUGCUGUACAUCUUGGUGGACAUCCUCAGCGCAGAGGCGUUGAUGAGGAUAGCCGCUUCGGGGGAGGCUGUUCAGUCCAGGCUCUUCACGUCUCCCAGGCGCACAAGGCAAGCUUCCAGCUUGGUCGUGGUGGCAUGCUACCUCUUCAACCCAUUGUCCAUCGCGAGCUGUCUCGGCCGAACGACGAGCGUUUUCACCAACUGCGCGACACUCUGGGCCGUCGCCAAGGCCAUUGACGGCUCUCCCUUCAACGCCAUGGUCGCCCUGUCCUUCGCCUCGUACCUGUCGAUGUAUCCGCUGCUACUGCUUCCCCCGACGAUUCUCCUGGCGUACGACCACCAGCUCCUCAAGGGCCGUACACAGGCGGCCUCUACUUUUGCAGUCAAAAACGUUGCCAUCGUCCUUGGUGUCUUGGGGAUGCUGCUGGGCAUGUCCUGGGCUCUGGACAACCAGUCGUGGGAGUUCCUCGGUCGAACCUACGGCAUUCAACUCACGCUGAACGACCUGAAUCCCAACGUCGGCCUGUGGUGGUACUUUUUCAUCGAAAUGUUCGACUCAUUCCGGUCCUUCUUCCUCGCUGUCUUCUGGCUCCAUCUCUCCUCGUACGUCGGAGGAUUGUCGAUCCGUAUCAGGACACAACCUUUGGUAGUGAUUGUGCUUUUGCUGGGCAUCUUCUCCAUCUUCAAGCCGUACCCGUCGAUCGCGGACACGAGUCUGUUCCUGGGCACGCUGCCCUUGUACAGGCAUGUCUUCCCGCUCAUGAGGUACAGCUUUGUGGCCGGCGCCGUCUUGGCCUACGCCACGUUCCUGGGCCCCGCGUUCUUCCACCUCUGGAUCUACGCCGGCAGCGGGAAUGCCAAUUUCUUCUAUGCCAUCACCUUGGUGUGGAGCUUGGGUCAGUCUCUCCUCGUGUCUGACCUCACCUUUGCUACGCUGCGUGACGAGUGGGAGGUAGAGCGACCAGAGAUGGUUGGGAAAGAAGUCAAGCAAAUAUAG